UUCAGAGUAACUGAGACUGCAUGCCCUCAGACACCAUUGUUUGGCUCAACUGUGGGAGUGGAAAAUGACCUAACAAGAUGGGAGUGGCCACAAACCUGUCAGACCUGUUCCUGAUACAUGACUCCAGCAGGAUUCUCCCAUGCGUUAGUCCUUUGUUCAACCUGUAUUUGUCAAGCUGAAUGAGGAUGGCGGAAACACCGAACCCGGCUACUACCUCCUUUCCAGCACCGACUAUUUCUCUACCACUUGGAAUGGAAAUAUUGAGGACAUAUUCAGGGGCCCUGAUUUGUUUGGAAAUUGUGUUUGGAGGGUUGGUGUGGAUAUUAGUAGCGUCGACGAAUGUGUCUGUGCCAUUGUUGCAGGGAUGGGUGAUGUUUGUGUCAGUAACCAUGUUCAUCUGUUCGUCUCUAUACCUUGCCCUGUUUCUGCUGGGCCUGGCUGACAAGAUUAACACUGACUGGAAUUUCAUGGUGAGUGUGUAUGACUUUACAAAUGCACAGUGCUAAGACUAAUUUUGACACAUUCAUAGAGUGGACACUUUAGUGUAGA